CGGGGGACGCUGAGGGAGAGGCGGCUGUGCCGGCCCUCCGCGGCUUUCCCGUUUGAGAGCGCGAAGCGGUAGCUGCUUUCCCCAGAGAUAAGUGCCGAGAAAUACGGAGCACGGCGAUCCAGGUUGGAAAGGUGUUGCGACACGGUUUGGGGGCCUAGAGAGUGAAAAAUGCCUAAAAAGAAGACUGGUGCUCGUAAGAAAGCUGAGAACCGUCGUGAACGUGAAAAGCAGAUAAGAGCUUCAAGAGCCAACAUAGAUUUAGCCAAACAUCCUUGUAAUGCUUCAAUGGAAUGUGAUAAGUGCCAAAGACGACAGAAGAAUAGAGCUUUUUGCUACUUCUGUAACUCUGUUCAAAAAUUACCCAUUUGUGCACAGUGUGGAAAAACCAAAUGCAUGAUGAAGUCUUCCGACUGUGUUAUAAAACAUGCUGGUGUGUACAGUACUGGACUAGCAAUGGUGGGGGCAAUCUGUGAUUUCUGUGAAGCUUGGGUGUGUCACGGGAGGAAGUGCCUCAGCACACACGCAUGUAUCUGCCCUCUCGCAGAUGCAGAAUGUAUCGAGUGCGAAAGAAGUGUCUGGGACCACGGAGGCAGAAUAUUCGCCUGCUCUUUUUGCCACAAUUUCCUCUGUGAAGAUGAUCAGUUUGAACAUCAAGCCAGCUGCCAAGUUCUGGAAGCAGAGACAUUUAAAUGUGUUUCCUGUAACAGGCUUGGGCAGCAUUCAUGCCUGCGUUGUAAGGCUUGUUUUUGUGACGAUCAUGUGCGAAGUAAGGUUUUCAAGCAGGAAAAAGGAAAAGAGCCUCCCUGCCCUAAGUGUGGCCAUGAAACUCAGCAGACAAAAGAUCUGAGCAUGUCAACACGCUCUUUGAAGUUUGGCCGACAGACCGGAGGUGAAGAUGCAGAUGGAGCUUCUGGUUAUGAUGCCUACUGGAAGAGCCUCUCCUCCAGCAAGGCUGGGGAUGCAGGUGACCGUGAGGAUGAAUAUGAUGAAUAUGAAGCAGAAGAUGACGAUGAAGAUGACAAUGAUGAGGGAGGGAAGGAUUCCGAUACUGAGACCACAGAUGUAUUCAGCAAUUUGAAUUUAGGAAGGACCUAUGCUAGUGGGUAUGCACACUAUGAGGAACCAGAAGAUUAAGCUUAGUAUGCUGGCAAGCUAAAAUCCCUCGGAAGGAGCCAAGCAAUGCUGCCCUUGAAUUGUGUCCAUGCCAGGAGGAUAGUUCCAUCAGGUACUUACAUAUCAAAGUUAGGGACUUAAGAGUGUGGGACUUCUGCAGUAACUCCAAGUGAGAUUUUUUUUUUUUUUGCUAUAAACCAACAUUGGGUUUGGACUGGGGGAGAAAACAGGAAGAUUUUUAUUCCCCUAAGCAACAGAAGUGGUUUUGUCCUUUAGUUAAACCUAUACUGAGUAUAAUGGUUCAAUGCCAUUUUCAGCUAUUAAUACAGGAACGUGGAAGAGCUGUACAACUUGCUUCCAUUUGCUCAUCGAAAUUUUAAGUUAUUUUUUACAAUAAUUUUGUUAACUGAUUUCAUAAAAUUAAUGUAGUGGUAGGUUGAUGACUGCAUUUUUGUCUGCACAAUAAAAGUCAACUGCAUUCUCUAA